GCGCCCAAGCCUCUUAAUCGUCGGUCGCUGAGUCUAAGCUGCAACAGUUCUGACCUGUCCAUCGCGCCUGAAAAAGACCUAUCUCCUGGCACUCUUGUAGCGACUACGCGUCUCUUGGCCACAUGUAACCAGCUGCCAGAGAUGAAGCAGUGCUCGAAAUCAAAUCAUACUCGUCACUCUCGACUGGCUGGAUCUCAUAUCAGAAAAUCGGCCGAAUACAGCCCUUUGCGUCUCGAUUCAGACGUAAAAACGCUUCCUGGGUCACGGAUCUCUAGCCUUGCUCCCCAACCGCCCACGGCGCCUGAACAAGCCUUGAAUGAACGCACAAUUCCGCGAUUUGAUUUCAAUGCGCAUUCGUCUUAUGAUUGUCUGAUCUCUAAUCAUGGGCGUCGACUUACUGAACAGCUAACCAGCCCUUCUUCACAUCUUCUCACUGCUCAUCUGGUCUCACUCGGCCUCAGACCGGCAAUCGCUUCUAUUGAAUGCACCCCGACGGCUGAGGAUAUCAACGGACCGCUAAUCUCUUCCACUCCAAUGCCCCUCUUGCCCAACGAUCUGGACUCUGUUGCUGCUGCUGAUCUCAUCUCCAGAAGCGCAAGAAUUCCACGCUCCAAUAUCGUCGAUGAAUCUUUGUCCCACAUACGCUCUGUCGGCAUUCCAACGACAUCUGAGCAGCUAUUCUCCACAGGGUUCACCUUCUGUCUGAACCAGCAUAUGAACACUCAACCGAUUGACUCUUAUCUGGCUGACAUCGAAAAUAAUUCUGUCGUGAUAACCGCAUGA